UCGAUUGAAAAUGGAGAACGAGAAAAGUACUAUGCUUGCAGUUUUGCAACUGCUCAGAAAGUAUAAUUUAAAGGGAACAGAGGAACUAUUCAAAAAGGAGGCAAAUCUGACAGAUAUUUCACCAGAUGAAGCUCAACAAACUGAUUCCGAAGUGAAUAGUGUUCUAUCUGCCUAUAAAAGUGAAGGUGAUCCUGCUCUUUAUGAGAAAGCAUACAGCGAAUUAAAAAAAUUUGUAGAGGGCUCCUUAGAUAUAUAUAAGCAUGAAUUGGGUACAAUUUUAUACCCAGUAUUGGUACAUAUGUACCUUGAAUUGGUUUAUAAUAAUCAUUCUGAGGAAGCAAAACUAUUAUUGGAGAAAUUUGGUGGAAAUUUAGAAGAAUAUUAUCAAAAUGAUUUGAAAAGAUUAUCCAAUGUUACAAAACGUGAACAAAUGGCUGGAAAUGAAUUAACUGAUACUUUCAAAUCUAAUCAGUUUAUAAUCAGGAUGUCAAGAGAUACUCUUUCCAUAUUGAAACGACAUUUACAAGAGAAAAAGCAUAGUGUAUUGUUAAAUAUUAUACAAGAGCAUCUUUAUUUUGAUAUGUAUGAAGGAGUGGCUAGGAAUAAACAACAAAUUGAUGCUACAUCGGGUGCAGUAGUUGGUGAAGCAACAAGACAAGACAAUAAGGCAAAGGUAUAUUAUGGACUUUUGAAGGAGCCAGACAUUCAAUGUAUGCCUCCAACUGAAGAAGAAGAGGACGAUACAGGUGGAGCAGAUGGAGAUAAACCAAAAAAGAAGAAAGCUAAAAAGGAUCCACUGUUUUCCAAGAAAACAAAAUCAGAUCCAAAUGCACCUCCUGUUGGUAGAAUGCCUCUACCUAAUUUAAAAGACGCGGAUAAGUUAGAAAAAGUAAAAGCAUUAAGAGAAGCAUCAAAACGUGUUGUACUUGGUCCAGAUACCUUGCCAUCUAUAUGCUUUUACACGCUGUUGAACGCGGUGCAUACUGUGACAGCGGCUGAAGUAGCAGAAGAUUCGAGUUUAUUGGCUAUUGGGUUCAGUGAUUCUUGUAUAAAAGUGUGGAGUUUAAUUCCACAAAAAUUAAGACUGAUGAAAACAGGGGAACAACUACAGGAUAUAGAUAGAGAAGCAGAUGAUGUAUUAGUAAGGAUGAUGGACGAUCGUACAGCAGAAACAUCGAGAUCAUUAUUUGGACACAAUGGCCCAAUAUACAGUUUAUCAUUUAGUCCAGACAGAAAUCUCCUUCUUUCAUCUUCAGAAGACAGUACAGUACGAUUAUGGUCUCUGCAUACAUGGACGUGUGUCGUAUGCUACAAAGGACACUUAUUCCCAGUAUGGUGUGUAAGAUUUUCGCCUCAUGGGUACUAUUUUGCGACUUCCUCUCACGAUAAAACUGCCCGACUCUGGGCAACUGAUUCUCACCAACCACUUCGAAUAUUUGCUGGUCACUACUCAGAUGUAGAUGUAGUACAAUUUCAUCCAAAUUCAAACUACGUAGCGACCGGUUCCAGUGACAUGACAGUAAGAUUAUGGGACUGCGUAACUGGUAGCCAAGUCAGAUUAAUGACAGGACACAAAGCUCCGAUUUACUCCCUUGCUUUUUCCGCAGAAGGUCGAUUUCUGGCGUCAACUGGCGCAGACCAUCGUGUUUUAGUUUGGGAUUUAGCGCAUGGUCACCUUGUCGCUGCUUUAUCGGGCCAUACUGGUACCAUUCAUUGUUUAUCGUUUAGUAGGGACGGAAACAUAUUAGUCUCAGGGUCAUUAGAUUCUACACUUAAGUUAUGGGAUUUUACGAAACUCGCAGAAGAAAUGAGUUUAGAGGACGUGAACGUCUCGCACAAUCCAGAUGUAAAAACAAAUGCAGAAACAUAUCUCCUUCGAACAUUUGCGACAAAAAACAGUCCAGUAUUGGCGCUACACUUUUCACGAAGAAAUUUACUCUUAGGCGUUGGAAUGUUCGAAUCAACCUAGCAAAUGUAAUUGUCACUCAACAAAUUCU